GCCAGCGACCGGAGAUCAUUGACCCCUUGAAUCAGGGGCUUUGUAGAAAUUGAAUUUGCAUCUUUUGGGUGGGGGGGCUCCUGCGCCAUUCUCUUGUCUGCUUCAUGACAUUAUAGUGAAGAAGCAGCGGCCGAUGCGAUUUCUAUGGCCGAAGACGAGGAUAGAGUUCUGCUUAGUAGUUUGGGUAUAACCUCCGCGAAUCCUGAGGAUAUCGAGCGUGACAUUCUAGCAGAGGUAAUAAGGAAUGAUGAGAAUGGUAGCGAAGGUGGAGGGAGCACGGAGGAGGAACCUCUCGAGAAGUCGGAAAGUAUUGACCCAUCAUCCACGAGCCAAGCAAAACUCUUCCAUAAAUUGAAGGUAGUAGAGUUUGAAAUAGAUGCCGUUGCCUCCACUGUUGGGCAGGUGAGGAAUGUUGCAAGUGAUGGUAAUGACAGAGGGGAGCUUGGAAAUCAAGAGGAUGGUGGUCAAGUUUCCCCUAAUGGCUUAAAUCUUCAGCAUGCCUUGGCUGCUGAUCGGCUUCGAAGCCUCAAGAAAACCAAGGCUCAACUUGACAAAGAACUUUCAGAUUUGCGCAAGGGUAACUCUUCCAAAGCUGUUGAACAUGACAAGGUGUUACGAAAUCUGGUCAAGGAAGAGCCAAAACGCAAGAGGAAGUUAAAAGAGGUUCAGAAAUCGAGGAAAAAUGUGGAAAAGAGACAGAAAAUAGUCUCAUUUGAGGAGGAUACUGGUUUUGAUGCACUUUUGGAUGCAGCAUCUUCAGGCUUUGUUGAAACAGAAAGGGAUGAAUUCAUUCGGAAAGGAAUUUUAACUCCUUUUCAUAAGCUGAAGGGUUUUGAGCGCCGUCUUCAACAACCAGGGUCAUUUAAUAGGCUCGAUGUACCUGAGAAUGAAGAUGAGACUAAUAAUCUUGUUGCUGCAAGUGUUGCCAGAGCUGUACGGUCAAUGUCAGAGGCUGCUCAAGCUCGCCCAACAACCAAACUCCUUGAUCCAGAAGCUUUGCCAAAGCUUGAUGCACCUACUCGUCCUUUUCAAAGGCUGAAAACACCUUUAAAACUUCCUCAAUCCGCAAAACGAGAGCUAGAAAAGAAUGAUGAUUCAAAAAGGAAAAAGAAAAACAAACGGCCUUUGCCUAACAGGAAGUGGACAAAGCUCAUUUCUUGUGAGGAAAAGCACUUGGAAGAAAGUGAGGAUGCAAGGGAUGAAGUAGUAAGCUCCAGUUGUGAAGAUGUGAAGCCAGAGGGUGUUAAAGACGUGGAUGAUUAUGAACCUCCUUAUGUAACACUUGAAGGUGGGCUGAAAAUACCAGAAAGCAUCUUUUGCGCACUUUUUGACUAUCAAAAAGUGGGAGUACAGUGGUUGUGGGAAUUGCAUUGCCAAAGAGCAGGUGGGAUUAUGGGAGAUGAGAUGGGUCUUGGUAAGACUAUCCAAGUCUUAUCUUUUCUUGGUGCACUGCAUUUCAGUAAUAUGUACAAACCGAGCAUUAUUGUCUGCCCUGUUACACUCUUGCGACAGUGGAGAAGGGAAGCACGAAAAUGGUACCCAAGCUUUCAUGUGGUGAUACUACAUGAUUCUGCUCAGGAUCCUAUUAAUAGGAAGAAGCAAGCCAAAUCUUAUGAUAGUGAUUAUGAAAGCGAAGCUUCAUUUGACAGUGAAUAUGAGGGAGACAUCUCGUCUAGGAGCAAUGGAAAAUGGGAUUCCUUGAUAAACCGUGUUUUGAGAUCAGAAUCUGGGUUGCUUAUCACCACUUAUGAGCAACUGCGCAUAUUAGGUGAAAAAUUGCUUGAUAUUGAAUGGGGUUAUGCAGUUUUGGAUGAAGGACACCGAAUUCGGAAUCCGAAUGCUGAGAUUACUCUAGUUUGCAAGCAGCUACAGACAAUUCAUCGAAUAAUAAUGACUGGUGCUCCAAUUCAGAACAAGCUGGCUGAACUGUGGUCUUUAUUUGAUUUUGUUUUCCCUGGGAAGCUGGGUGUCUUGCCUGUAUUUGAGGCAGAGUUUGCAGUCCCCAUAUCUGUUGGUGGUUAUGCUAAUGCUUCACCAUUGCAAGUAUCCACAGCUUACAGGUGUGCUGUGGUCCUGCGUGACUUAAUCAUGCCUUAUCUCCUACGACGUAUGAAGGCUGAUGUGAAUGCCCACCUUCCAAAGAAGACCGAACAUGUCCUCUUUUGCAGCCUCACUGCAGAGCAACGAUCUGUGUAUAGAGCUUUUCUAGCUAGCACUGAGGUAGAACAGAUUUUAGAUGGCAAUAGAAAUUCUCUUUACGGAAUUGAUGUGAUGCGUAAGAUUUGCAAUCACCCUGAUCUGCUUGAGAGGGAGCAUUCCUGCCACAAUCCAGACUAUGGGAAUCCAGAACGCAGUGGAAAAAUGAAAGUAGUUGACCAAGUGCUUAAGGUUUGGAAGGAACAAGGUCAUCGUGUUCUUCUUUUUACACAAACUCAACAAAUGCUUGAUAUUCUUGAGAAGUUUUUGAUUACCGCUGGCUACUGCUACAGGAGAAUGGAUGGUCUUACUCCCGUAAAACAAAGAAUGGCCUUAAUGGAUGAAUUUAAUAACUCAAAUGAUGUCUUUAUCUUCAUUUUAACGACCAAGGUUGGUGGUUUGGGAACAAAUCUAACUGGUGCAGACCGGGUGAUCAUCUACGAUCCUGACUGGAACCCUUCAACUGACAUGCAGGCCAGGGAGCGUGCUUGGCGUAUUGGUCAGAAACGGGACGUAACAGUGUAUAGAUUGAUCACAAGUGGAGCGAUAGAGGAGAAGGUGUACCACCGGCAGAUUUACAAACAUUUUCUCACUAAUAAGAUUUUGAAGAACCCACAGCAGAGAAGGUUCUUUAAAGCUCGGGAUAUGAAGGAUCUUUUCGUCCUGAAUGACAACAGAGAGAAUGGGUCAACUGAAACAUCUAAUAUUUUCGGUCAACUUUCUGAAGAUGUAAACGUUGUUGGGGCUCAGAAAGAUAAACAGGAUAAGCAAAAACCUCUUGAAGUUCCUGCACGACAUACUGAUGGUGUUGCAGCUGAAAAUGAUAACAAAUCAGGGAUUGCAACUUCGAGCGGGAAAGGGAAAGAAAAAGCUGAUCACAGUGAUGGUGAUGUAGAUGAAGAAACAGGCAUUUUAAGGAGUCUUUUUGGUGCCCAUGGGAUACAUAGUGCCAUGAACCAUGAUGUAAUCAUGAACGCCCAUGAUGGGGAGAAGAUGAGGCUUGAGGAGCAAGCUUCCCAAGUUGCACAAAGAGCAGCAGAAGCAUUGCGCCAGUCACGGAUGCUCCGUAGUCGUGACAGUAUUUCUGUCCCAACAUGGACCGGGAAAUCCGGGACUGCUGGUGCACCAUUAUCUAUGCGUCAGAAGUUCGGUUCAACUGUGAACUCUCAGUUGACAAAUAAUACCAAAUCGGUCAAUGACUUGUCCAGCAGUGGAACCAACAGUAUAAGUGGAAUUGCAGCUGGGGCAUCCGCAGGGAAGGCACUAUCUUCAGGCGAACUAUUAGCUAGAAUACGAAGUACCCAAGAAAGAGCUGUUGGUGCUGGACUUGAACAACAGUUGGCUUCAAGUUCUCAUAACGAUGUUCCGCGUGGAGGGGCCACUCUGCAUGGAUCCGAGGUUUAUCCGACAGGGAUGGGUACACGAAGUGAUCCUGCCUUGGAGAAUUCCUCAUCAUCAAAAAAAAGUUCUCGUAACAAGGCAAGAUCCGCUGAUGUUGGGCCUUCUAGACCAUCAAAGAACAAAGCUAGAGUGCAGCCGGAAGUUUUGAUACGCCAGAUCUGUACAUUUAUGCAACAAAGAGGUGGAAGAACCACUUCAGCCAGCAUAGUGCAGCACUUCAAAGAGAGGAUACCCGCCGAGGAUCUACCCUUGUUUAAGAAUCUUUUGAAGGAAAUAGCAACACUAGCGAAAGACCUGAAUGAAUCGCAUUGGGUUCUAAAACCAGAGUAUCUACAGAAAUAAUCAUACAAAUAUUUCUAGGAUCUGCAGCCAUGUUCAUAUCUGCUUUAGUCGUGUUCGCCAGUUGGUCAUUGUUUCUUCCAAUUUUUCAGUGACAGGCAAAGGUGACAAGAAAGUCCUUUUUACAGUUUCUCGGUCAUUUUUGGCACUUUCUGAUUCAAGCCACACUCUUCACUGAACAAUCUUUUGCUGUACAGUGCAAAAUGUAGAAUUUUUUUUUUUGGAAACUUCUAAAAUUAAUCCAAAAUGUUCAA